UUCGACAGUUCCACAAGAGUUUUCAAAGAUUUCAACAUGAGGUUCCUCGCAACUUUCGUCACUCUCGUCGCAGUGGCACUUGCUGCACCCCAAGGCUUCGAAUUCCCAUCAGAUCCGCAGCCAAAGCCUGGAUUUGCCCCAGCCUGGGGCGGUUUUCUCAACCGAAUAGUAGAGGGUUUGCAACUUCCCCAAUUAGCCCAGCAAAUUGAAUCUCUCCUCAACAGCAUCGAGACCCUCCUCCCUAAACUGGAAAGUUCUCAACUUGAUAAAACACCUGCCGGAGGUCUUGUUGCUAGUCUUCUGCUCCAGGUGAGGGCAAUCCUCGUCAACACCCUGGCUCGACUCGAGAAAGCACCUAAUGCUAUUUUGAAUAGAGACCUCAUCAAUCAGCUGACAAGUAUCCUCGGGAGGGUUGAAUUGUUGUUGAAUGAUACUUUGGGGAGUGUCACUGGAUCCCUUCAGGGAGUCAUCUCAGGGGUUAUUGGAGAGAUCUCGGGGAUCAUCGAAGGUCCAGUUAUUCAACUCGUCCCAGAUCUCCUCACGAGGGUUCUUCAUCUGCUUCGAGUCGCUGUUGAGAAACUUGGCUGAAU